AUGCUAUCCUCGAGUUUGCCAAAUCACCCACCCGUCUCCCUUUCCGUCGCGCCUCACGUCGCCAUCUCGUCGCCCGUCCCGUCGCCCUCUUCGUCGCCAUCUCGUCGCCCGUCCCGUCGCCCUCUUCGUCGCCAUCUCGUCGCCCGUCCCGUUGCCCUCUUCGUCGCCCUCUCUCCCCUCCUCUCCUCCCGUCGGCCUCUCUCUCGCCCCUCCCUACCGAUCGCCCUCCCGUCGCUCGCCCCGUCGCGCUCUCUCUCUCCGCUCCCUUCCCGUCGCCCUCUCUCUCGCCCCUCCCUUCCCGUCACGCUCUCUCUCUCCGCGCCCUUCCCGUCGCCCUCUCUCUCGCCCCUCCCUUCCCAUCGCUCUCUCUCUCUCUCUCUUUCUCUCUCUCUCUCUCUCUCUCUCUCUCUCUCUCUCUCUCUCUCUCUCUCUCUCUCUCUCUCUCUCUCUCUCUCUCUCUCUCUCUCUCUCCGCUCCGCCCUCUCUCUCGCUCCUCCUUCGAAUCGCGCUCUCUCUCCGCUCCCUUCCCGUCGGCCUCUCUUUCCGCUCCCUUCCCGUCGCGCUCUCUCUCUCCGCUCCCUUCCCCUCGCCCUCUCUCUCGCCCCUCCCUUCCCAUCGCGCUCUCUCUCUCCGCUCCCUUCCCAUCGCCCUCUCUCUCGCCCCUCCCUUCCCGUCGCGAUCUCUCUCUCCGCUCCCUUCCCGUCGCCCUCUCUCUCGCCCCUCCUACCCGUCGCGCUCUCUCUCUCCGCGCCCUUUCCGUCGCCCUCUCUCUCGCCCCUCCCUUCCCAUCGCGUUCUCUCUCUCCGCUCCGCCCUCUCUCUCGCUCCUCCCUUCAAAUCGCGCUCUCUCUCCGCUCCCUUCCCGUCGCGCUCUCUCUCUCCGCUCCCUUCCCAUUGCCCUCUCUUUCUGCUCCCUUCCCAUCCUCCCUUCUCGCUCGCCUCGAAUAGCCCUCCUGGCGACCUUCGACUCUCCCAUCACGGUGUUUGGUUUGUUUGUUUUUUUUUGUCUUUCCAUCUAUUCUCGACACCCUCUCUCCCGCUGCCUAUCCUCUCUCUCGUCGCCCUCCCGUUUCCCGUCGCCCUCCCGUUUCCCGCCCCCCUCCCGUUUCCCGUCGCCCUCCCUUUUCCCGUCGCCCUCCCGUUUCUCGUCGCCCUCGCGUUUCCCGUCGCCCUCCGGCUUCCCGUCGACCUCCGGUUUCCCGUCGCCCUCCCGUUUUCCGUCGCCUCCCGUUUCCCGUCGCCCUCCCGUUUUCCGUCGCCCUCCCGUUUCCCGUCGCCCUCCCGUUUUCCGUCGCCCUCCCGUUUCCCGUCGCCCUCGCGUUUCCCGUCGCCCUCGCGUUUCCCGUCGCCCUCCCGUUUCCCGUCGCCCUCCCGUUUCCCGUCGCCCCCCUUCUUCCGCCGCCCUCCCGUUUCCUACGCCCUCCCUUCCCGUCGCCCUCCCGUUUCCCGUCGCCCUCCCUCUUGA